GUGCGCAGAGAGGCGGAUAGAAUGACCUAGCUCGUCCCAGAUAGUGGAUUAAAUUCACGCUUGUUUUUUUUUCUUUUUUCCCCCUUUUUCUCCUCCUCCUCCUCCUCCUCCUCCUCCUCUGGUUUCGUGUUACAAAGCCUUGGGAGGGAGUUGCGCGGAGAGCCAGUUCCUCUGUGUUACAAACUGAAUGACAGGAUCAUAUGGCUGGAUUUGCCUUAUAGUCCAACCAUUAAAAAACAGAAAAGAUAAAUGAAAUUAAAAGGAAAUUAAAAAAAAAGAGAGAGUAGAGAGACGGCGCGGGCGAAUUCGUCUGAAAUUGAUGAGGAUGUGGAAUCAUUUAUAAGUCAAAUUCAAAAAACAAAAUCCGAGGUAACGGAGAAAGAAGAGAGGGAGGGAGAAAAGGAUACUGGAUCUGUCGUCAGAGAAAGACUGGGAGACGGAGAGGAAAGCGCAGGACGCGUUGCCUGUAAUCACCACCACCAUCAGCGUAAUAAUAAGCCCAAUGUGACCUUCAUCUGAGUCAAGUGUCUUCAUUCAGCAUUCACGGCGACGAGAGAGGCGGGAAAAAACUGAUUGGAUAUUAAGAAGAAAGCUCACAGACACGCGAGGGAGGAGAAGAAAAACAAGCUGCCAGGAGCCGGGCUGCUCUAUCCAGUUCCUCUGAUCAACUGAUUGAUCCCUCGAUCCAUCACGCCAACGCCAGUUCCCGACGAAUGGGAGCUGACAUGGGAGCCAUGGGCGGGACCAAGGUCUUGCUCCUGGUGUUUCUGGUUGGAUGGGAGAAGUCGCUGGGUCUCAACUGGAACCCCAUCCCACGCAAGACUGUUCGGUACCGAGAUGUGUUGGACAGCAUGGCACGGUUCAGCGUUCAGGGAGUGUUCAACUACAGCAUGCUGACUCUGUCCGACCACGAGAGGGUUUUGUAUGUCGGAGCGCGGGAGGUGUUGUUCGCCCUGGACCCCAACGACAUUAGCAAACAGCUACGGCCUCAGAUUGACUGGCUGGCUCCGCAGGAUAAGAAGAGAGAGUGUGUUGCCAAGGGGAAGAACAACCAGACCGAGUGCUUCAACUACAUCCGUUUCCUGCAGAGCUACAACCACACACACCUCUACACCUGCGGCACCUACGCCUUCCAGCCCAAAUGCACCUACGUGAACGCAGACUAUUUUACCCUCAACACUGCAGCUCUGGAAGAUGGGAAGGGUAAAUGUCCAUAUGACCCUGCCAAAGGACAUACUGGCCUGAUAGUUGAUAAGGAGCUGUACUCAGCAACGCUCAACAACUUCCUGGGUACGGAGCCAGUCAUUCUGAGGAACCUGGGCCAACAGCACUACAGCAUGAAGAGCGAAUACUUGCCUGCCUGGCUCAAUGAGCCGGACUUCGUGGGUUCAGCCCUUGUGAGGGAGAGCAGCGGCACUAAAGAGGGGGACGACGACAAGAUCUACUUCUUCUUCAGCGAGCGAGCGUUGGAGCUGGACUGUGACACGGAGCUCACCGUGGCCAGAGUGGCCCGGGUCUGCAAGGGCGAUCUGGGUGGCACCAGGACCCUGCAGAAGAAGUGGACCACUUUCCAGAAAGCCCGGCUGGAGUGCUCUCUACCUGAGCGCCACGUCUCCUUCAACAACCUGAGGGCCGUCUUCACGCUGCCGGGCCAGGACUGGCGGGGGACCACCUUCUUCGGCAUCUUCCACGCCCAGUGGGGCGACGUAGACGUGUCGGCGGUGUGCCAGUACCAGAUCAGUGACGUGAAGAAGGUGUUUGAAGGAUCCUACAAAGAGUACAGGGAGCCAUCUCAAAGGUGGGGGCGCUACACCGGUGCUGUCCCCGUCCCGCGGCCUGGAUCGUGUAUAACUAACUCAGACAGGGAGAACGGCUACAACAGCUCUCUGCAGCUGCCUGAUGCCACGCUCAACUUUGCCAAGAAGCACCCGCUGAUGGAGGACAAAGCUCUGGCUCGCCCCCUGCUGCUCACCAAGGGUGUCAACUUCACACGGCUGGCGGUGGACCGGGUUAGCUCCCUGGACCAGCGGGCGUACAACAUGCUCUUCAUCGGCACAGCGGAGGGCUGGCUGCAGCGGGUGGUGAUCCUGGGCUCCGAGGCCCACGUCAUAGAGGAGAUCCAGCUGUUCGAGGUCACCCAGCCAGUGGACAGCCUGACCAUCUCGCACUCCAAGAAGUACUUGUACAUCGGCUCUCGUUCGGAGGUUCUCCAGCUGCCCCUGGCCAACUGCAGCCGCUAUCAGUCUCAGCCAGACUGUCUGCUCGCCCGCGACCCCUACUGCGCCUGGGACAGCGAGGGGCGGGCCUGCGUUCGCAUCGACCUGCACCGCGGGUCCACCUCGUCCCUGUCACAGGACCUCAUGCUGGAAAGGUUCAGCCGGGGCAAAGCCAAGUUUGAUAAGCCCGUCUCCAUCCCCAGCCCUGAGCACUCCCGUCUGAGGAACGUGACAGUGGUGGUGGGGUCCGACAUGGUGCUGCCUUGCCAGCUGGUCUCCAACCUGGCUCAGCCCUAUUGGGUUCUCAACGAACGUGAGCUCCAGCUGGGUGACCCGGAAGCAGGAGGGCCACGCUUCGACCGCACCCUCAAAGCCCUCGUCGUCCCCGAAGCGGGCCAGAUGCAAGCGGGCCGCUACAUCUGCUACUCUGAGGAGCAGGGGGUGAAGUUUCAGACAGAGCGCUACCAGGUGGCUGUGGUAGCCAGCGCUCCGGUCUUCAUGGAGGCCCGGGCUCCAGACAGCAGCAUGGGGCUCUUCUGGGUGCUGGUCAUCACCCUGGGAGCGGCGUGCCUACUGCUCCUUGUGGCGGCUCUCUACCUGCGCAGGAGGCUGAAGCUGGCCCUGGGAAAGGGAGCCGACAUGAAGCCUCUGGAGAGCACCCUGGUCUACCCCAUCACCCUGCCCAAGGAGCCGCCCACCUUUGUGCCCAGCAAGAUGCCCAGCGACGAGGACCGCUUCUGGGAGACGGGCGCCAACUACUACUACUCGGACGGCUCGCUGAAGAUCGUUCCCGGCCACGCCCUGGGGCCCAGCAGCGUCAGCAGCACGGCGUCGCCCAGCGCGAUUCCCGGCCAGCCCAUCCACUCCCCCAGCCGUCUCAGCCUCACCAACAUCCGAGGCUCCGGUAGCAACGGCUACAUCCGCCUCAACCUGAGCACAGCAGGGGAGGAGAGGGCUAGCGGGGCUGGCGCUGGGGGCGGCGGGCUGGGAGGCCUGGGCGUGGCCGGGAACGACUACUCCAGCCCCUUCAAGGAAGAGCUGAGACGCACGCUGCAGCAGAGGAGCGUGCUGCCCGACGCCAACCCGGAGGAGUCGUCGGUCUAGGCCUGUCCUCCUCCGUCUCCCUUUCCCCGAGUUGGAAAAACAAAACAACCGACCUACCUCCCUCCUUUUGAGGACGCCUGCUCUCUCUCUCUCUCUCUCUCUCUCUCUCUCUCUUUUCUUUCGGUGACACGCUGUCAAUUCCCCCAUACUCUCUCUCGCUCUGCCAAUGCCUGUUUGGCUCACUGUUGACAUUUAUAGCACCCAGCAUGUUAAAUAUACACACUCGCCAACAUGUACUCGUAUAAUAAUUAUGUUUUGGGCAACACGCAGUCAUGGUCGUGGCUUUUUCUGCUUCUACUGUGCAAUCGCCAGUCAUGUAAAUUGUGUAUUUAAAAAACGGCUGAACGCAGGGGAGAACACCUCAAGCAUGGAAAGUCAAACAUAUGGCGUUACGUGUUGUCUGAAGGGUACAUUUCUUUUACGUUGAGUGGACCAAGAGGCUCUUGACCGCCUGUGCUGAAACCAGUUGACGAGCGGCAAGCGCAACAGACUGAACUGCUGUCCUUCUCUUCCUUUGGGACUUUUUUUUUUUUUUUCAGCUUAUUGCACUUAAAAACUGGAAGCGCGUCUUCCCUUUUUUUGUAUUUGUGAGCCAAGAGUGUGAGAGCGGUAUAAAGAGACUAAUUAAUCACGAAGCAAGACGACAA